UGCCAACUUACCUUACGAAUAUGGCGCCUCGCUUGGUCUGUCGUGCGUCCGUUGUUGAUGACAUUUCCAGCUUCUUCCUUCCGCGAAAUCCAAAAUAGACCGAAGGUUGGAGUUUUGUGAUCUCGAGUGAAACAGAAACCAGCGUGCCCCUGUGAUGGAGUAUGGAAAGGAGAGGGUGGUGGCGCUCGUGGACAUGGACUGCUUUUACGUCCAGGUGGAGCAGCGGAUGAAUCCGGAACUGAGAGGCAAGCCCUGCGUGGUGGCGCAGUACAAGACCUGGAAGGGAGGGGGCAUAAUCGCCGUGAGUUACGAGGCCAGGGCCCACGGGGUGACGAGGAACAUGUGGGCAAACGAUGCCAAGAAGCUGUGCCCUGACCUGCUAGUGGCACGAGUCAGAGAAUCCCACGGAAAAGCAGACCUCACAAAUUACCGGGAGGCCAGCGUUGAGGUGAUCGAGAUCAUGUCGCGAUUUGCCGUGAUCGAGAGGGCCAGCAUCGACGAGGCCUACAUGGACCUGACCGCCAAUGUGCAGCAGAGGCUGAAGGACAUGGAGGGCCGGCCGGUGGAGCCAGAGCUGUUGAAGACCACCCACGUCCAGGGUUUCCCGCUGGCCGAUGUGGACCAGCAGGGGGCGACAGUGGAGACGGCACCAGAUAAAGAGGAGCUGAGGGCCCGGGGCCUGCGGGACUGGCUGGCCGCGCUGUCCUGCGGGGCCCGAGCGGAGCUGCAGCUGGCCGUGGGGGCCCUGAUCGUGGAGGAGAUGAGGGCCGCCGUGGAGGAGCACACCGGCUUCAGCUGCUCCGCAGGGAUCGCACACAACAAGGUACUGGCCAAGUUGGCCUGUGGACUUAACAAGCCGAACCGGCAGACCAUUCUGCCCCUUGGGUCCGUGCCCGAGCUCUUCAGCUCUCUGCCCAUCGGGAAAAUCCGGAGCCUGGGUGGGAAGCUGGGAACCUCGAUCGCAGAGACCCUGGGGGUGGAGAACAUCGGUGACCUCACACGGUUCACCCAGAGCCAGUUGAGCCAGCACUUUGGAGAGAAGACUGGGCAGUGGCUGUUUGGCCUGUGUCGGGGCAUCGAGUUUGAGCCGGUCAAGCCCAGGCAGCUGCCCAAAUCCAUCGGCUGCAGCAAGAACUUCGCCGGGAAGACGGCCCUGUGCACGAGGGACCAGGUGCAGCACUGGCUGCAGCAGCUGGCUCUGGAGCUGGAAGAGAGACUGACCAAGGAUAGGGAGAUGAACGGCAGAGUUGCCAGGCAGCUGACGGUGGGGGUUCAGCAGAUUGGGGGCGGCAGCAGUUUCUCCCGCUGCUGCGCUCUGUCCCGCUACGAGGCCGACAGACUCUCCAGCGACAGCUUCGCCAUCAUCAAGAGCCUCAACACCGCUGGCAACCACCAGGCCGCAUGGUCUCCGGCGCUCACCCUGCUCCACCUGUCGGCCAGUAAGUUCAGCGACGCUCCCGCCACCUCGGCCAGGGGGAUAGCCGGCUUCUUAACCAGCGACAUCGCCGCCACGCAGAGCCAGGCCUCCUCCGCCUCCAGCAGAACCCCGCCUCCAAAUCCCAAGAGGCCGGGCGCCAUCCAGUCCCUCUUCCAGAAAGCUGCCGAGAAGAGGGGUGGUGGGAAAGAGCCGCCGUUGUCCUCUGAUGCCGCGCACCACCCCCCAGCAGACGAGGGUCCAUCGGAAUCUGGCACUUCAGCCUCUCCCGCAAAGGCCUCCACCUCCCCCGGAGCCAAGACCCCCACAGCAGGGACCCCCAAAGCCAGGACCCAUACAGCAGGGACCCCCAGAGCGGGCAUCUCCUCCUUCUUCCAGAGGAAGCAGCUGGAGAACAGAGACCUGUCGGGCAAAGAAGAGGAGACUUCUGGGAGCGUAGGAGAAAAAGGAAAAGAAGGAGCUCGGCCUUUGUCCACCGAAGAGGCAGGAAGUUGCACCGGGGCGGCUGAGAUUGAGGCCCCGUGUGAGGAGGCCGGUGCCAGGGCGGGAGAGGAAGAGCCCUGCACUUCAGAACUAUGGCCCCAUCUCCCUCCUGAACGUAGCCGGGAAGAGGACACGCUGCGCUGUGAACGCUGUGGCCAGCAGGUGUCAGCCUGGGACAUGCCCGAACACACCGACUACCACUUCGCCCAGGAUCUGCAGAAAUCCUUCUCUUCCUCGUCCUCCACCUCCUCAGGCCCAAAUUCAGGACCUGCUCCUCGCACCCCACUGAGUGCUGGGACUCUCCAGUCGUCUCGUGGUAAGACAAAGCCCAAACGGCAGUCGGGACCCCAACCCAAGAGGCCCAAAUCACAGGGCGCCACCUCUACCCUGGACUCCUUCUUUAAGAGGAAUUAAACAGGACACUACAGCAGGCUGUCCCAGAAACUCCCCCCUGGGGGCGCUGCAUGUUCUCCCGCUGAUCUCCUGCUUUUUUUUACAUAAGAGGAAAACCAAUAUGUAGGUGUUCAACAUUUCACAAAUUUCUGCAUGUUUAUUGACAAAUUGGUCAUUUUAAUCACGCUGGCAGAUAAGUCCCAUAAGAAAUGGGGUUUUCUCAGGAAGGAGUUGGAAAUAUUUCUGUAAUCAUGUAUUCAUUAAAGUGUCUAAUAAUAAUAAUAAUUUAA